AGCCAAAUUAGCAUUUUUCUCCCGCUCACAAAAACACUUUGCGUAACUAAGGAACGCCAAUUAGGAUAACUACAGUGAAUGGAAACUAGCGACAGUAGCAAAAGCAGCAACAACAUCAACAAACAGCGUACAUGAGGUGGAGCACAACCGUAUUGCACAAGUAGUGGUAGAAAAGAAGAAGAAGAAACAUACGCAUACAGCAGCGUAAAAGCACACAGCAAAAUAAACGAAAUUCCAGAGACAUGUUGGCCACCACCGCAGCAGCAGCAGCAGCGGUAGCAUCGACAACAACAUCAUAUUCAACAACUGGCGCAGUGGAGCCGUCAGCCAGCAUCCUGAUGACAACAAAAAGUGAUACAACAACAACAGAUACUAAAACAAUGCUACAUGGCACACCAUCCAUAGCAACGAUGUCAUCAACAAUAGCAACAGCAACAGCAACAGGAAUAGCAACACCAAUAACAACGAUUACCUCAGAUCCGGGCAUUUUGUGCUUUCAUCAUUGCAACGUAAAAGUUUUCUGCUUUCAUUUGCCUCAUCGCUGCCCCAAAUGUAAACAAGUAUUAGACACUGGCGAUGAUGUUGGUGGCGAUAACGGUGCCGGAGGUGCCGCCGACGAGGAGGACGAGGGCGAUGCUUGUAAUAAUGAAUUGGGCAGCAAUGGUUACAACGGCGCUGGCGGCGCUGUCAGCGGUCGAAAAGGUGGUGGUGGUGGUGUUGGUGUUGGCUGUGGCAUCGUUGGCUCUACACGAUUGCUGCCUUUUCGUUUGCCUUAUCCGUUCAUACGUGCCUCGCAAUAUCCCUGUGCGAUUGUUUUGCGUCCAACCACAGGCGAUUUUCUCAAUGACUACAACAAUUCGACGGAUUUACAUAUUGCCGUGACGACCUCAACGGGCUGUGUUGUGGAAUUUGAUCGACAUGGCUUGCGGCGACAUCGUGCCGAUAAUACUCGCAUGAACGAAUGGUGGCAAUGUCUGCUGGUCGGCGAUGUCCCCGAACCAUGGUAUGACUACUGGGACGAGAUAUUGCAGCAGAUUUGUAAUCAGCCCGAUCGCUGGACCGUCUCCCAUUACCAGGAGGAUAGCCACAAUUGUUACACUUUCGUAUUGGCAUUUCUGCAGGCGCUCGCCUAUGACAAGCUCAGCGCAGCAGCACGCUCCAAAACCAGUUUCUGUGAGAAAUAUAUAGUUCCUAGAACCACAACUGCCGGCAAGUAUAUAUCCUUGUAUCGCAAAUUGCGAGAUACGGGCAGUUAUGUGCAUCCACAUCAUCAACACCAAAGGCAUUCCGUGCUCAAGCAGCAACAUAAGCAACAGCAACAACAACACUACUAUAGCCUGCAACAUCAACACCAACAGCAUUUGAAGCAGUCACGUGGCAGGUUGAGAAUCAAUGGACAUAUCAAUGGUGGUGGUAGCGGUGGUGGUUCCGCAUCCGCUCUGCUGGCUAAUGGUGGCAAGGCAACCAGCAUUAUUUUGCGUGCGCCUAAUCUCUGCACCAUCGAAGAGUGAAUCACUUAGAGUGCCAGAGCGGGCCAUUCAUUCAUUCAAUCAUAUAUACAAUUAUGUACUUAGUGGGUCGACAGCAAACCAAUUAAUUGAGUAUGCAGCCAAGACGUAUGCCGGUGGUAUCACAGCAGCAGAACGGCAGCACCAGCACGAUCCCCAGCAACACCACCACCACCACUACAUAUUCACAAUUAACAAGAACAACAGCUAUACAUAUGCACAAAUGAGUAGCUGUAGUCAAGAGUAGCAUUUCCUGCCAGGCACCUACUCGUUGCCAACCAAUAGCCAACGUUCCUCAACAAUGCAUCCUUUUUUGCUCGCCUUUGUGAUUACUUUUGAUCGAACUACUAAAAUAUACGUAUUUUUAUUUCUUUGAAAGUUUUCUUUUCACUUGCUUAUAAUUUUUAAAUAGCAUUUUUUCCUACACACUUUGGUCUCUUAAGUCUUACACAUAUAAGUGAAAUUAAUUAAUUUUUGUGUUAAAAGAAUUUUCUUUGUCUAAGUUAAAAUUCAAUAAAAUAGUUUAGUUAAUUGAAAAUGCCUUUUUUUGAACAGUUU